UUAAGGGGUCGAUGAAAAGGACGCGGUAGCCUCCAUUUUGGAAUGUACUAAGGUUAUGUUGAUGCAAGGAGUGCUUGAUAUUUUUCACGUGUAAAUAAUUCAACUGUGAAUAGUAGUUAAUGUGUUAAACUAAUAUCCGAAAAUGGCCAAAUUCAAACUGAAAAAACCCUCGAAAAGGCAGCCUGCUCGUCAAAGAUAUAAAAUUGAGAAGAAAGUCAGAGAACAUAAUAGAAAAUUGCGAAAAGAGGCUAAGAAAAAUCCGAAUAAAGGUAAAAAAAAAAUUAUCCAGGUUCCCAAUAUAUGCCCUUUCAAAGAAGAUAUAUUGAAAGAAGUAGAAGAAAUGAAGAGACAAAAAGCCGAAGAAUUAGAAAAGAAAAGAGCUGAAGCUUUAAAACAGAAACAAGAGCUGAAACAAUUGGAGAAAUCUGCAGAAACCCUGGAAAGCAUGAUGAACAGAGCAGAAGUGCAAGCUAAAUUACAUGAACAAUCAGUAACAAACGGCAAAUCUGAGGGGAAGAAUCAAAAACUUGAUCAGUCUUUUAAACAGUUCCACAAAGAAUUUGCUAAAGUUAUUGAAGCAGCAGAUGUUAUUUUAGAAGUACUUGAUGCACGUGAUCCUUUAGGUACUAAAAAUGCACAUGUGGAGGAAGCAGUACGCAACGCUGUAGGCGACAAGAAAUUGCUUCUCGUCCUGAACAAAGCGGAUUUGAUUCCAAGAGAAAUAUUAGAUAAGUGGGUUAACUAUCUAAAAAAGAGUUAUGCCGUUGUCCCAUUCAAAGCUUCAACGCAAAAUCAAAGUAGGAGGUUAGGUCAUAGAAAAAUGUCAAAAAAUCAAAAAGGAACACAAGGAUCUGCAUGUGUAGGUGCAGAGUUAUUGAUGCAUUGCUUGGCAAAUUAUUGUCGAAAUAAGGACAUCAAGACUUCUAUCAAGGUUGGAGUUGUAGGGCUCCCAAAUGUAGGGAAGAGCUCGGUAAUUAAUAGUAUGAAAAGGUCGAAGGCUUGUAAUGUAGGGGCUGUUCCUGGUGUAACCAAAACGAUUCAGCAUGUACAGUUAGACUCCAAAAUUGUCCUUCUUGACUGUCCUGGUAUAGUUUUUGCAUCAGGAUCUGAUUCAACGGCCCCUUUAAAGAAUGCAAUUAAAGUGUCGUCACUAGAAGAUCCUAUCACACCUGCUAAAGUUCUACUCCAGAAAUUUCCCAAGAAUGUAAUGAUGGAGUUGUAUGAUAUUUUGGAAUACAAUACACCUGAGGAAUUUUUGAGUUUGAAAGCCAUCAGGUAUGGUAAGUUUAGGAAAGGCGGCAUUCCCGAUUUGGAGGUUGCAGCAAAAGGGCUACUGACUGAUUGGAAUAGUGGAAAAAUUAAGUAUCAUACACUACCACCUGAGGAUUCUUCAGAUGUACAUAUUAGUGCUGCAAUAUUGUCAAAAGAAGCUAAAGAGUUCGAUAUAGACAGUUUGGAAUUAAUGGAAACGAAUUUCACUGAACCAGGAGAUACAGGAAAAGGCUUUCUUGCUCAGAGUAUGGCCUUCAUUCAGGCAGAGAAUGAGAAAAUGGAGGAAGAUGGUAGACCAGUGCUGGACGAUAAAGUGAUACAAAUCAAAAAGAAAAAGAAAAAAACAUCUGAAAAACAAAAAAAAGAUGAAGAAAUGGAACUAGAGGGAAACCUAAAACUGAACAAACUGGUGAAACUGAAAUUCAAGAAAGAAAAGAAAAAGAGAAAUCGUGCUGAAAAAGUCGCUACAACACUCUCUGAUCAUAUGAAAAAAGUAGGAUUACAGUCAAACGACGAAGAUUACUCUUUUGACGAUUAUGUUGAUGCCUAAAUCUUCUAUUCUGUUAUUUAUUCAAAUCAGUUUAAAUAAAGAUUGUUUUAUUCAAAUA